AUGCGUCGCAGUCCAGCUCCCAUGCCGAAUUUCAUGAAUUUAUCUAUGUCUGUCCAGAAAUUAGGGGCACAUAUGGAAUGGCAUGAAGGACUUGCCAGUAAAGCUCAGGAAUGGAGCGGCAAGUGUGUUUUCAAAGAUGAUCCGAAAGAAGAUCGAGUGGUUUCAGGCUUUCGUCACGUUGGUCAGAACAUUGCUGGUAGCUCAAGUGUGCUUAGGGGUUUCACUCGAUGGUUUGAAGAGCACCGAUUCUAUAACCUCACUCAAAACACGUGUUCAGGUGUAUGUGGCCACUACACACAGCUCGUCUGGGCUGAAACAAAAUACGUCGGCUGUGGUGUCACAAAGUGUCCGAAGACCGAAGCAUUUCCGUACGAUUUAUCAAUUGUGUGCAAUUACGGAGAAGCGUGA